AUGGAACCAGUUGAUGUUGAGAUAGAAAAGGUUUUGACAGAGUUGUCUUGUGUUGAUUUCAGGAGCAAAAAGCCUAGGAAAAGAAGAAAUGGAAGUGAAUCAGUAGUGGAUACUCUAGCACAGUGGAAGAACAACAAUGAUCAACUUUCUUCAUUAGAAAAUGGAAAAGGGAACCUCAAAUCUCCUGCUAAAGGCUAUAAAAAGGGUUGUAUGUGUGGAAAAAGAGGUCUUGAAAACUUAGAUUUUUAUUUCAGGAGAGUUAGACAAAGGACGUGGGGGAAGUGGGUUGCUGAAAUUCGAGAACCCCAUAAUGGAUCUACUAAGUCUAAUCAGUUUGGAAGCCGACUUUGGCUCGGUACUUUCUCCACUGCCAUUGAAGCUGCUACGACUUAUGAUGAAGCUACCAAAGCCAUAUAUAUAUAUAUAUAUAUGCUCAUAUAA